GCGAUCCUAGCGACACUGGCGGCUCUGUCCUGCUUCGUUUCUGUUUGUUUCUCACGCCUCGCACGGCCAAUAUAUAUAUGUGCAACGUGCGAACUGCGAGUACGCCGCCGGUGAAUUCUGCGGAUUGUUGUGGCACAGAAAUAUAUUGUCAUGGCCGAUAUGGAAAGAAAAGAAGAUUUACAAGAGCAAGAAUUGGCAAAAAGUGCAGUUUUGGUUUCUAGUAGCUCUUUAUCGUCUUGUACAACUCCAGUGAAAGGUUACGAUUUUAAUAAAGGGAUCAAUUAUCAUGAAUUAUUUGCAACCAUGAUAAGUUGUGGAUUUCAAGCUACAAAUUUUGGACUAGCGAUUGAAGAAAUAAAUCGUAUGCUGCACCAAAGGAACAUACUUCUUACAAAAGAUCAGCUUGAUGAGAUUGAAGAGGAUGAAUUUAUAAAGAGAAGAUACCAUUGUACAAUAUUUUUAGGUUAUACAUCAAAUAUGGUAUCUAGUGGCAUCAGGGAUAUUAUAAGAUUUCUCGUACAACAUAGACUGAUAGAUUGUCUUGUUACCACGGCUGGUGGAGUGGAAGAGGAUUUCAUAAAAUGUUUGGCGCCCACAUACGUUGGCAGUUUCAAUCUGGAUGACAGAAAGCUUAGAGAAAAAGGUCUUAACAGAACUGGAAAUCUAUUAGUGCCGAAUGACAAUUAUUGUCUGUUCGAAGAUUGGGUAAUGCCAAAACUAGACGCAAUGCUGACUGAACAAAAGACAAAGGGCAUUUUGUGGACACCGUCUAAAAUGAUAGCGAAACUCGGCGAGGAGAUCAAUCACGAAGAUUCUAUCUACUAUUGGGCUGCGAAAAAUAAGAUCCCAGUGUUUUGCCCAGCAUUGACCGACGGCAGUCUCGGUGACAUGAUGUUUUUCCACUCGUUCAAAAAUCCAGGACUCGUACUCGAUAUUGUCGCGGAUGUCAAGAGAUUAAACAGAAUAGCUUUAAAAGCGGUGAACAGCGGCAUGAUAAUUGUUGGAGGUGGAGUAGUGAAACAUCACAUUUGCAAUGCUAAUCUCAUGAGGAACGGCGCGGAUUAUGCCGUUUUCAUUAAUACCUCUUCAGAGUUUGACGGGAGCGACAGCGGCGCCCGACCCGAGGAAGCGAUUUCUUGGGGAAAAAUUCGUAAAGAUGCUGAACCUGUCAAGGUAUGCGCAGACGCCACUUUGGUAUUUCCACUGUUAGUAGGAGAAACUUUUGCAAAAUAUCAUCAUUCGGGAAAGAUAGGAAAAUAAAAGAAAGUGAAGACGAUACUUUAAUUAUGAAUAAGGCGUACAGGAAAUAUCAAGGGUAAAUAAUGAAAUAUUUAUCAUUGCUACGUAAUACUGUGGUAAAGUCAUAAAUAUUAAAUAAAUUUGUAUAAGAAAAGAUGACUGUUAAUUCUGGUGUGUUCGAAAGCAACAUAUGCAUCUAUGAGUAAUUUUACUGAAGAACAUUAUACUGAACAACAAAAAAAUCAAUUUUUUUGUCAUAAGGUUCAAUAAUUCAUUAUGUAAUUUUAGCUGCUAAACAUGAACGGGAAAUGUUUGUCACGUCACAAUUUUAAGAAUGUUGCUGUUAAGUUACGAAAAAUUGCAAUUUUGGCAUUUCGAUAAUUAAUAACUCUGGACUGAAAUAUGUUACAAACUUUCGCAAAGUUUAGAACGAAAGAUUUAAACUGUUGCUAUAAAAUAAAAAUAAAAACUAAAUGAGGAUAGUUUUAAGAUUGUAUUAAUCUCACUGAAACUGACUUUACCUAAUCUGUGAACUCGUUCAUGAUUAUAUGUAGUUCUAAAAGACAAAUUUUUACAAAAUAUGACACUUCUAUUCUUAGGGUUGUUAAAUAGGAAUCUAAUCUUAAAUUCUAAAAAUUCAAAAUAGCGGAUUUAAUAUGGCCUAUAAAAUUUCUAAAAUGAUUUAUAUUGAAAAAUGUAUAACUGGCUAUUUUGAAUUUUUAGAAUUUGAGUUUGGAUUGAUUUAUUUUUUAUCCUAUAACGGUAGUUUAGAUCUUUCAAAUUUUGCGAAUGUUUGUAACACAUUCCAGUCCAAAGUUAUUAAUUAUCAAAAAAUGCCAAAAUUACGAUUUUUAGCAAUUCAGCAGAUUUCUCAAAAUCCUGAUGUGAUAGACAUUUCACGCCCAGUGUUUAAUAGCCAAAAGUAAAUAAAAAAUUGGCUUUUGAAACCUCA